AUGAGCCCAAGGGAUAGUUUUUGGUCGGUUAUGGUGGCGUUUGUUGUCAUCAACAGCGUCACAGUUGGGUUGAGACUAUGGCUUCGGAUUACAAGUGGGAGCUUUGGAUAUGACGACUGGGCUACAUGCGUUGCUUUUGGCGUCUUUGUUGUCUUCUGUGCGUUUGAGUUCCAGGCCCUUGGUUAUGGGUAUGGGGCCACGGAGAUGCUGCCUGGAUACAAUCCAAUAUUAGCAGCCGAGUUCUUCGUCAUAGCGCAGCUGUUGUAUCUUGUCGCGCAGCUGGCUGCAAAGAUCAGUGUGGCGUUGGUCCUCUACCGCAUCGCUACAAUGGCGCCUCUGAUACGAAAGAUUCUGAUCGCCUCCAUGGUUAUUCUGUCUAUCGUGUCUGUGGUAUCAAUCUUCAUAUUUGGUUUCCAAUGUCGUCCUCUUUCAGUCGCUUGGGGUGUUGGCACUGGCACAUGUCUACCCGGAUCAACCAUCGCCAAUACAGCAUAUGCUGUAUCUGCUGCAGACAUUCUCUUUAGUUGGUUAUAUGGACUUAUGCCAAUUUACUUGCUCUGGAGCGUCCAGAUCAGCAUGCGAACAAAGAUUGUCGUGUCAGUUCUGCUGGGUUUUGGCGCAGUGAGCUGCAUUGCCACCAUUUUGCGACUCAACUAUGCGAUUAUGUAUGCUGAGCCUACCGUGGACACAAUAGCCAAGAUACUAACCAACAUGUGUAGUUCCGCAACUGAAGUCGGCCUGGCAAUCUUCUGUGCUUCGCUUGCUGCGCUGAAGCCGCUAUUGAAAUUCAUCCCUUGGAUCCCUGGGUCUUCCAAAGGCACUUCAAAAUUCGAAAGUAAUAAUCUCGAGCCACGAGGCCCAAGCAUUCGCCUUCAAGAUCGACAUGCGGAUACAGGGAGCGAGGAGAGCAUUCUCCCAAGUAACCAGCAGCAUCACAUCCAGAAAACGACACAUUAUGAAGUCAGCUAUGAGUCGCACUAG